AGUCAAUCGGACUAGCACCUUAUCCGUCCUCGCAGAUCAAGGUCCAGAGUAACCAUGAAGCUCGCGUGGGUGUUGAGCGCAGCUCUUCUAGCGUUCGUUUCGAUCCUGUCGCCGGUUCACGCACAGUGCGGUGCGCGUGUCCGUAAGGACUGGGACGCCAUGACGACCGCCGAGAAAGACACGUACAAGGGAGCCCUCGCUGCUGCGAUGGACUCGGGUGCUUACAUCAAGUUCAUCGAGAUGCACACAGAGAUGCAGUCGGAGAUGGAAGCUCAUCGACAGUGUAUGUUCAUCUACUGGCACCGUCUGCUACUGGUUGUCUUUGAGAACAUGCUUCGUGGACAAGGACCCCAGUACGCUUGUGUGACUGUGCCGUACUACAACUGGGUGGGUGCCAACAACCGCAUGCUUGCUGGUUCAUGCUCUUCUCUUGGAGACUGCUCCACAAUCACGAGAGAACUCGGAGGCUACACGACCGGCUCACAGCGCACGAUCAACAUCAACGGAAUUAACAACUCGGGGCGCUGUGUGGCGCAGUCGCCGCUUGAUCACUUCUGCCAAUCCGGAACAGUGUCCGGAUCGGCUUGUGCGCGCUGUGUACCUCGAGGUAACUGGGGGUCUGCAAGUGUUCCAUCCAGUACCAGCUUUGCUUCGGUUCGUCAGCAAGUUUUCAACGCUCAAAACAUCGGUCAGAUGUCCCCGAACGUCGAACAAGGUUGCCACAACAACAUCCACGCCAACCUUGGAGGUGCCAUGGGCACGUUCGCUUCUCCGUCUGAACCCAUCUUCUGGUCGCACCACGCUAUGGUCGAUGCGCUCCACACUAUCUUCCACAAGUGCCGUGUCGGUACCCAGCGACUGACGUUCGCGCAGAAAGCUGCGCACCCUGUUGCCUGGACUUCAUGUGCCAAGCGAGGUGGCGGUUCGUUCAAUCCGACGGAUGUUAUCGUUAUGCGCACGGGCGUCAAUGGCAACAACCCGAUUCAAGGAAGCCAAGACCCGCUCAUCGGUCGAUACUUCACAGGCGUUCCCAACCAGUUCGCUGGACUGAUGGACGUACGUGAUUUGGGUGAUAGCAGCUACUCGUACGAACUUAGCGGUCAACUCGCCGACAUGUACAACAACUGUGAUGGCACGCCUACUCCGGCGCCAACGACCGCGCCGGCACCUGUCACCCCUACUGCGGCUCCCACCCCGGUUACCACCGCGCCUGUGCCGGUCAACAACGCACCAGUCACUCCUACAGCGGCACCUCAACAACCUGGCCGCUGGGGCUUGUUCGACUGGCUUCGCAACCGCUGGGGCUUUGGGCGCUUUGGUCGCAGACUUGAAGCCGAGCACGGAUACGGUUGCGGACGCAAACUUAAAGCGGAGCACGGUUGGGGAUGGUGGCCGUGGAGGAACAACCAGGGCAACAACAUCCGGGGCAACGACUGCGAUGACGAGCCCAGCGUUAACAACAACUACGCCCCGACGGUACCUGCUUCGACUGCCCCGACAAAUAACUACGCUCCUGCCGUGACAACCCCGUCGAAUAACUACACUCCUGCCACAAUAGCUCCGACUGUUGCACCUACCACAGCCCCCACAACGUCUCCACAGUAUGAUGGCAACAACAACAAUGUGGAUGUGGUUACGGUGAACAAAGAGACUGCAGAAGAGAAGAAAGUCUCAACUUGGUACAAGAAAACGAUGGCCAACAUGGGGGGCCAAUGUGCCGAAGCCAUGGCCGAUCUCGAGCGUCAAGUGUGCAUGUUUGAGAACCAGUGUCUAGGAGGCACGAAAGAUUACUCGGCGGCGUUCAAGGCAACGUGGGGGGCGAAAGAACCGCGUUGUCUUACGAUCGUCAACUCCAUCAAGAGCGGUCAACAGAAGAUCACGUACGGGAACUGGCGUAAGGACAUGGAAUCCUACUUCGGCUGCCCCAAGCCGACAAACGCUACUCAGUCUACGAAACAGAACGCCUACAGUGACACGACUCAAUCUGUCGUUCAGGAUGCCACUCAGACUGUCACGCAGACUGCCACGGAUGCGCUCUCAAGCGUGGUGCAGUCCGUUUAGCUCUUACGCGAGACCAAGUAGUAGCUUCGUUCGAACUCGUAGAUCAAUGUGAUGAGUAAUGUGUGUGGUUCUACGAGUAUAUUGUCUUUUCAAGUC